AUGUCAUCUGUUGCAGCUUAUACAUUGGACCCGGAAUCCUUCACCUCUACAACAGGUCUUGAAACCCUUGAAGUCUUAUUUGAACAUUACUUUCCAGAUGAUAUCCAAUUAGCGGGAACCAUCACAUCUUUGAGAGAAGCUAUUUGGGACGCAUGGGAAGAAGGACAUUCAAUCUGGGAAUCUACACCUCAAGGUUGGCCAGGAGAAGAUGUAGAUGCUGCUACUUAUUUUGAACAAUAUUGUGAACAAAUUGGACCUCAGGAUCCAUAUGAUUAUUAUGAGAAAGGCAAAUCCGGUUCUCCAUAUCAUAUACUUGCUUGUCUCUCUGAAGUACAUGAUGUAGUCAGAAAAGAAUUAGACACAAGACUUCAACAGAAAUUGAAAAGUAAUCUUGAAGAUCUGUAUGUACGUCCGGGGACUAUGUCUUUUUCUUGCCGCGAGUUUUGGGCCAUAAAAAAGGAGGCAGAUGCCAUGUUUGACGUUACAAAAGAAGCUGGUCCCAUAUUGUAUUCAACAAGGGAGCUUACACUACCUUCUGAUGUUAUCGCCAUGUCAGAGAUAUAUUUGAGAACAGCAGAGGGGGUGAAUAAGGUCUUGGCAAGGAUGAUGAGUGUGAGUGAAGAGGAUGAGGGGAUGGAAAGCUCUCAAACCUUAGACACACUAUAA